UUCAAGCCUGGGAAGCGCAGCCGCCACUUGCAGCUGGGGGGAGGGAGGGGGGUGGCCUGCCUCUCUGCCCCGGAAUAAGGAGGAUGUCUCUCUUCACGAAGGCGCUGAGAGUCUCCAACCGCUCGAUUUUCGUCUUCCUCUUCUUCUUUUCCUUCUCCUCCUCUUGCCUGUAUUUCAUUUAUGUGGCUCCCGGAAUAGCAAAUACGUAUCUAUUUAUGGUUCAAGCACGAGGUAUAAUGCUGAAAGAAAAUGUGAAAACAAUAGGGCAUAUGAUCAGGCUGUACACUAAUAAAAAUGCUACUUUAAAUGGCACAGAUUACCCUGAAGGCAACAAUUCAAGUGAUAACCUUGCACAAACUGUGAUGUACCUUCCAGAAAAUUUCACUUAUUCUCCUAGCCAACCUUGUCCAGAAAAGUUGCCCUACAUGAGAGGCUUUAUUGAUGUCAAUAUGAGUGAAAUUGGUUUGGAUGAAAUUCAGAAGAUAUUUUCAAAAGAUUUAGACAUUGAACCAGGUGGUCAUUGGAGGCCCAAGGACUGUAAACCACGGUGGAAGGUUGCAAUACUCAUUCCUUUUCGGAAUCGCCAUGAACAUCUUCCAAUAUUUUUCCGACACCUGAUACCAGUGUUACAAAACCAAAGGCUGGAAUUUGCUUUUUAUGUUGUUGAACAGACUGGAACACAGCCAUUUAACCGAGCAAUGCUCUUCAACAUUGGUUUUAAAGAAGCCAUGAAGGAUGGUGACUGGGACUGUGUAAUUUUUCAUGAUGUGGAUCACUUACCUGAAAACGAUCGAAAUUAUUAUGGAUGUGGUGAGAUGCCACGACAUUUUGCCGCAAAGCUGGACAAAUAUAUGUACAUUCUUCCGUACAAUGAGUUCUUUGGUGGUGUAAGUGGACUAACAAUAGAACAAUUCAAAAAAAUCAAUGGAUUUCCAAAUGCUUUCUGGGGAUGGGGUGGAGAAGAUGAUGAUCUCUGGAAUAGAGUUCACUAUGUAGGAUACAACGUAUCAAGACCAGAAGGAGAGCUAGGGAAGUACAAGUCUAUUCCUCAUCAUCACCGAGGAGAAGUUCAAUUCUUAGGACGGUAUAAACUAUUAAGAUAUUCCCGAGAGCGUCAGUACAUUGAUGGGUUGAAUAAUCUGCUAUAUACACCGACUGUUUUAGUCAGCAAAUUGUAUACAAAUGUAACAGUAAACCUUAUGCCAGAACUAGCUCCUGUCCAAGAUUAUUAAUGGAACAGCAGAAUUAAUGGAUCAAACAUUUGAAAAUAUUGAUUUGAAACCGCAAGUUAAAGACAUCAAAUCAGAUAUUUCUGAAGACUUAACAAAAGAAGUCAAAUGAUUGUAUGUGUGCCAG